AUGGACAAGAAUAUAUCAACUGGCAACGCCAAAGCGGAAGACACGGCUCUAGACACCACCAAGGAAGACCAAAGCCAAACCCCAGUGAAGGAACGCAAAACUAGAACACUCUUCGUGCGAUCGCUACCUGCUACGGCGACGACGGAAUCGUUGACUGAACAUUUCUCGCAAUCUUAUCCGCUAAAACACGCCACUGUCGUGCUCGACCCGCAAACGAAGCAGUCCAAGGGCUACGGAUUCGUUACCUUCACAGACCAUGAAGAUGCAGAACUGGCAGCGAAGGAAUUGAAUAACUCGGUGCUUGAGGGGAAGAAAAUAAAAAUUGAGCUCGCCGAGCCACGUCACCGAGAGAUUGACGAAAAGGAAGGGAAGAGUGUACCUUCUUCUGCGCCGUCGAAAGUAAAGGAACUCAAGGACAAACGAAAGCAAGAGGCAUUACCCCCGAAACUUAUAAUACGAAAUUUGCCGUGGAGUGUGACUGAGCCGGAACAUUUGGAACUGCUGUUCAGGAGUUAUGGAAAGAUCAAACAUGCUGUUGUGCCGAAGAAAGGGACGCGUGUUGCCGGCUUCGGGUUUGUGGUUAUGAGAGGAAGAAAGAAUGCGGAACGAGCAAUCGAGGGAGUCAAUGGAAAGGAGGUUGAUGGGCGAACAUUGGCCGUUGAUUGGGCUGUGGACAAGAAUGAGUGGGACAGUAUGAACAAUGCUGCGGAAGAGGCAGCUGAAAAGGAGGAUGGAGGUGAUAGUGAAGAAGCAGAGGAGAAGGAACAUCUUGAUGUCGUCGAUGACGGAGAGUCGGAUGUCGAUAGCGAAGAGGACGGAGGAGUUGAACUAGGUGACGAGAAUGAGGAUGACGAUAUCUCAAUGGGCGAUGCCGAGGAUGAUGACUUGGAGGAAGACGAAGAGGAACCAAAUAAGGAGGAUGAUCGCAAUGCAUCUACGAUAUUUAUUCGCAAUUUGCCAUUCUCCGCUACGGAUGAGUCUCUACACGAACAUUUCACCCAGUUCGGCCCAAUCCGCUACGCCAGGGUCGUGCUUGACCCAGCAACUGAGCGGCCAAGGGGCACGGCGUUUGUCUGUUUCUAUAAUGCAGAUGAUGCUGCUUCCUGCAUUCGCGGAGCACCCAGGGAAACAGAUAUGGCACGCGGCAAAGACCCUAGGCAAAAAGCUGCAACGAGACAAAUGCACUCCGUUCUUGAAGAUGAGAAUAAUGAUCCCUCUGGGAAGUACACGAUGGAUGGCCGUGUGCUACAGGUAUCGCAAGCAGUCAGCCGAACGGAGGCUGGAAGACUUGAAGAGGAAGGAAACUCACGACGUGAGACUCGAGACCACGACAAGCGCCGACUAUUCUUGCUUUCAGAGGGUACAAUUCCUUCGAACUCCCCGGCAUACUCUAAACUCUCUGAAACUGAGCGGAAAAUGAGAGAAGCCAGUGCCAAACAACGACAAAAACUUAUCAAGUCCAAUCCUAUGCUGCAUGUCAGUCUUACUCGACUAUCUGUUCGUAACCUGCCACGACACAUUGAUUCUAAAGCACUUAAAGCUCUAGCACGUGAGGCCGUUGUUGGGUUUGCAAAGGAUGUUAAGAAUGGUCUUCGCAAGCCAAUAUCCUGGGAAGAAUCCCGCCGGAGCGCAGCCUUGAUGAAGGAGGCCGACCAGCUUCGAAAGUCUCAGAAGAAAGGAAUCGUCAAACAGGCGAAAGUAGUAUUUGAGGGGAAAGAUGGUGCUAAGACGAGUGACCAGUCCGGAGCAGGCAGAAGUAGAGGCUAUGGCUUCAUUGAAUACGCUACCCACAGAAGCAGUUUGAUGGGACUGCGAUGGCUCAACGGCCACGCCAUCGAGGCAUCGGCUUCUACACCGAAUGCUGACCCUGCCGACAGGAAGAAACGUCUCAUUGUGGAGUUUGCUCUUGAGAACGCACAAGUUGUCAACAGGAGACGAGAACGAGAGGCGAACACCCGGAAAGCUGCACAGUCUAGCGGGGAUGAUAAAACCGAUGGGCCCCGCGGUGUAAAGCGCAGCUGGGACGGUAAGGGUGAGAAGAGAGAGAGAGGAGGAAAGGGUCACAAGAGUAGUUUCAAAGGGAUGAAAGAUUUCAAAAACGGCAAGGGAGGAGCAAAAAACGACAAGUCUGAUCGGAAAUCCGCAAGGGCUCCAAAUAAGGCCCCAUCCUCAGAGAAAGGAGCUAACGGAGAGGCGGCCGGCGACAAAGACAAAGACAUUGCUAAGCGGAACAGGAUCAUUGCUAGAAAACGGAUGCUGAGGAGGAAUAGGAAAUGA